AUGAUCCAUCGGAAGGAUGACCCUGCGCUUCGGAUUCAACCGGCAGAUUGCUCUUCGAAGGAGGGAAGGCAACACACACCAACCGUCGACAAGCUACAAGUGCCUCACGCCCGCAUAACUCGGUAUCCUAUACUUACGCCGGCGCAGUUGGACGGCACUUCUUUUUCGCUACACGAAUCGAUCCAGUUUUCAAAGCCCCCGACCAAAUCACGCGAAACCACGGAACGCGAUGCUAGCCAUUCGAGCUUGCCGGGAAAUCAUGCCUUCCCAGUUGAGGCCAAUAUGCGGCUGUACUCUUUUAUCUCAACUCUUGAAUGCCCCGAGGCUCCAGCAUCACUUCAGAUGCAGCUUCCGGAGUAUUACCUACAACAACCAAGAGGUUCUGUAUCAGGAAGACCGCCGAAGGAAAGGUCGACCGGGGGAAUAGAAGGAAUAGGUGAGGAUGAAGAUGACACCGGCAUCGAGGAUGAUGAAUGGGUGACCACUGCGUUUGCCACAGCUGGGGCAGCCACCUCCCGGCUUCGAUCAAAGCACAGGAGUCGUAACCAGGCUCGUGAACCCACUCGCUGUAUGUACUCCGCCACGGGUUCUGACCCAAGCAACGAGGGCUCCAUCAAAGAGAAGUUCCCGGCACCUGCGGCCACGCUUCAGUUAAGCUCCGUGCCACUUUUGGAGUACGAACAACACACGUGUGUCAUCUUAAAACCCCUGGCGGGGGCCCCGUCCGCUCUCACUGCCUUAGUCCUUGAGAGACCCCUUAUGGAGCUCCGCUGUGACCGGGUGGAGUCCCUGGCCGCCCGUGGGGAGGGUGGCCAGGGGAUCUCCUCCGCUUGGCUGUCGUUGCCUAACACGCGUUUUAACAAACGCGAGUGGAAGUCGAUGGAUUCAAUGGACAUGGAGGAGGCGAAGGCCAGUGGAAGUCGCUGGCAGAUGGAUGAGGCGCCGGACGACGACCGUGAUGUUAUGGAGGUCGAGAAGCGGCGUCUCAAAAAGGUGCGCACGGAGGCCUUGCAGGGAUGGAGCGCCACAGCGACGCAUGAUGCUGCGGCGGAUCUGGAGGAUCGCUGGUCUUUACUCAAUCGGCACCGCGAUCCCCACAGGAAUAGCUUUGUAGCUCCACCUAAAGUACCGCAGUCGGUCCUUGCCUCGAAGGAUAGCAAUGACGAAACUAGCAUGCCAACACCUAAGCAGUCUCCCGCAGCAAUCCGCUUUAUUCAGAAGACGUGGUCCCUCAAGGGAUUGCCGCAUAGUGGGCAGAAAAAUCAAACUACAUCGACGGUUACAUCAUCUACUCCAAGCACGAAGCCUGGUGUUGGUGCGCUGCCACAACCGAGUAAGUCAUCGGCCUCUCCGAUACCAACUGCUGCCCAAUCCCAGUCGACAUUGAAAAUGAGCUACGAUAGUCAUGAAAACAGCAACGAGCUCGAUGAGUUGGCCGAGCAAGCGCAUCACAUAAUUACUCAACUUUUGGGCACAGAGGGUCGCACCGUAGUUCCACUAAAGGAAUUGGAGAAGCUCAUCCUAAAACGACUCCAUAGCUAUGCGGGUGCAGCUGAGAAGGCCAAAAGUAGUGCCACGAAGGCAGAGGCGGUGCGAUGGUUUGCUCGGGCUCAGGCCGCACUCAGACAGUGGCUCAGGACGGAAAACUACGUUUUAGAUCCUGGUGGCAAUGUGACUCUAUCAGGUGGAAAGUAA